CGAGGGGAGAAAGAGAACCCAACCCAUGACCAUGAUUGUGAGAGAGAGAGGGAGAGAGAUCAUUAAAUGGGGAGACGCAACGUCAGUGCUUGAUGUAUUACAGUUGGGUAGCAUGAGAACCAGCUCGGCUUCUAUGCUUGGUUUUGCUGUCUUCUUCAACUUGCUGUCUUCUACACGACAAACCACUGAGAGACCGAAGUCGAGAAGUGCAUGAAACGACCGCUGCCGGCUUCGUCCCACUGUAUAAAUCUUGCUAAUUUCUUCUUCCUCUCUGGCACGUAUGAUUGAGGAGGGGAGACCUGUCGUUUGCUCCUAAGCAUGGGGAAGGGCUUCCGUCUCCGACUAUGGCGCGCGUUCCCUGGGUUCAAGAGCUGCCGUUCCAAGGAUGCUGCUGCCUCCUCCCCCGUGUACCGUCUCUCUCGCGUCGGCUCAGAUGGUUUCGAUGUCGAGCUGCAGCUGGCCGAUCACCACCGCCAUCGCCACCCUCCCUUGAUCUCCUCUCGGUGCUGCCGCCCCUGGCGAUUCCGCUCGCCGCUGGCUUCAGCUGCAAGGAAGGGUGCCGAAGCUGAUGAUCUCCCCCUGGCCAGGGAGACGCCGGGUUAUCUCUGGAGGGAGGAGGAGAGGUGGCACGUGGUGGCCACCACCGGCGGCGGGGGCGAUGUCCCCUCGUCCCCGCGCCGGAAGAUCGACUCCGAUGAUGGAGGGGCGUUUCUGCGCAAGGCGAACAGGCGGAGGGGAGCUGGCCUCCGGCGGAGGCGGCGGAGGGAGGCCACGAGAAGGAGAUGGGGCAAUAAUUCCUCGGCAGACGAGGACAGCGGGUGGUUCAGCAGCGACGAGGAGAAUGAAGAGCGACUGAGCGAGUGUUUCGGUCGGUGCUACGGUGACGGAAGUGAGAAGGAGGAGGAGGAGACGCUGAUGUCGUCGACAGACGUGGACUCGUGCGAUAAUCUUGUCUGGCGGCGGAGGGCGAAGAGGAGCUGGGCGGCGGAGGCGGCAGUGGCGGUGGUGAAGCGGUCGGAGGAUCCGAGGGAGGACUUCCGGCAGUCGAUGGCGGAGAUGGUGGUGGAGAAGAAGAUCUUCGAUGCCGCAGGGCUGGAGCAGCUGUUGCGCUGCUUUCUGUCCCUCAACUCGAGCCACCACCACGCCGCCAUCAUCGCCGCCUUCGAGGACAUCUGGGCCGCGCUCUGCUCGGCGGCGGGCGUCGGGGCACAUGGCUAGGAACUCUCUACGAUUGCAUCCAGUGCAGCAUCUCCAACUCACUGGAAGAAAGAGCGAUGGUUGGCUCUAUAUAUAGUAUAUAUCUUUCAAAACAUGAGACAAUUAUCUCGCUUGUCAAAUAGAUCUUCUUCUUCUCCUUUGCUAAUGAGACGCUUGAGGAAUGCCUUUAAUUGUUUGGUACAUUUCCAUGUCUUCAUGGUAAAGGCGACAUACAAAUAUAAGAAGACAAUGGAGACUGUUUAUGACACGUAUGGUAUAUUAAAAAAGGUGUUUCUUUUGCUAAAAGAAACAUUUAUGAUGCACACAAAAUAAAAAUAAAAAUAAAAAUAAAAAAUUAAUUGUUUUAGUAAACAAAUUAUGAACACUGCUAAUUUUAUCAUCACAUAUAUUGCAAAUUGUAUCAUAAAAUAUUCUAUAAUUUUGACUAAGAAUGAAUAUAAAUGGCAUUUUAUAUCUUAGUGAAUGCAAUAAGAAAUACAUAUAAAAAACAUCAUGCAUUGUACUAUAAGAAGCAUGUAUGAUGCACCAACAAAAAAAUUGAAUGUAUUAUCAAGGGCUCUACUCACAAGUUUGGCUGUGAUCCAACUGAGAAA